UUAACGGCGUAUUUCUCGUCAUUCUUGAGGCGCUGGGGCCCGGCCGCGCCUGCCGCCGGGGCGGGGACAGCUCUUGGCGUUGGGCUCGUCUUGACCGGCAGACUGUCGCUGAGAAACAGCCAGCAGAACAGAAAGGAAUUCAGGGUCCACAUCAGCUGGCAGAGCUCAUGGGAAUGGAAAAAGUGACCUCACUUCACAUCCAGGUGUGCUGUGAGUAUGGGAUGGUGCAUGUCCUUUCAGAGAAGGGGAGCAGCAAAGGGAAAGACUACUGUAUCCUCUUCAACUCCCAGUGGGCCCAUCUGCCACAUGAUCUGGGGAAGGCUUCACUCUUGCAGCUGCAGGAUCAGACAGCAUCUGUUCUGUGUUCUCCUGCUGAUGUACCCACUGGAGGGUUCAACAACCAAAUCCCCAUGGUGAUGAGAGGGAAUUGCACCUUCUAUGAGAAAGUGAGGCUUGCUCAGAUAAAUGGAGCUCGUGGGCUGCUGAUUGUUAGUAGGGAGAGACUGGUUCCUCCUGGAGGUAACAGGAGUCAAUAUGAAGAGAUUGAUAUUCCUGUGGCUCUGCUCAGCUACACUGAUAUGUUAGAUAUUGGCAAGAGCUUCGGCGGCGCGGCGCGGGGGGCGAUGUACGCGCCCAACGAGCCCGUGCUGGACUACAACAUGGUCAUCAUCUUCGUCAUGGCCGUGGGCACCGUGGCCAUCGGGGGCUACUGGGCAGGGAGCAGAGAUGUCAAAAAGCGGUACAUGAAGCACAAACGUGAUGAUGGGGCAGAGAAACAUGAUGAUGAAACAGUUGAUGUGACUCCAAUAAUGAUCUGUGUGUUUGUAGUGAUGUGCUGCUCAAUGCUGGUCCUCCUUUAUUUCUUCUAUGACCACUUAGUCUAUGUCAUCAUAGGAAUAUUCUGCCUGGCUGCCUCAAUUGGUCUCUACAGUUGUCUGUCUCCAUUCGUAAGAAGAUUCCCCUUGGGAAAAUGUAGGAUCCCAGACAACAACUUGCCGUAUUUCCACAAGCGCCCGCAGGUCCGGAUGUUGCUGCUGGCAGUGUUCUGUGUCUCCAUCAGCAUCCUCUGGGGAGUCUUCAGGAACAGAGAUCAGUGGGCCUGGGUGCUGCAAGAUGCUUUGGGAAUUGCCUUCUGUCUGUACAUGCUGAAAACAAUUCGCCUGCCUACGUUUAAGGGUUGUACGUUGCUCCUCCUGGUUCUUUUUGUGUAUGAUGUGUUCUUUGUAUUUAUCACACCUUUUCUAACAAAGACUGGGGAGAGUAUAAUGGUGGAGGUGGCUGCAGGCCCAUCUGAUUCUGCCACCCAUGAGAAGCUCCCAAUGGUCCUGAAGGUUCCACGACUCAACUCCUCCCCGCUGGCUCUGUGUGACAGACCUUUUUCUCUCCUAGGAUUUGGAGACAUUUUAGUUCCAGGCUUACUGGUGGCCUAUUGCCACAGAUUUGAUAUCCAGGUGCAGUCGUCCAGGGUCUAUUUUGUAGCCUGCACAAUAGCAUAUGGCAUAGGCCUCCUUGUGACCUUCGUGGCCUUGGCACUGAUGCAGAUGGGGCAGCCUGCCCUCCUCUACCUGGUGCCCUGUACUCUCCUCACCAGCUUGGCUGUGGCUCUCUGGAGGAAGGAGCUGGCAAUGUUCUGGACGGGCAGCGGCUUUGCGGUGAAUACCAGUUUGAUAUGAGUGUCUCCAAGAAAUACUAAUGUUAUAAAAACCUAACUAGAAUUAAAAAGGACCUACCUCAGCCUCCCUUGGUGAUAGCUCCUGUCAACUGCCCUGAGCUUCCCAAAGACAGCAACGUGCCAGCCUCUCAGCAAGAUACAGAGCAAAUGACCAAUCCCACCCUCCAUGUGAAGGAGUUGCAUGGCCCCACCUCAGCUGCAGAGGAGCUGGCUGAUAGCAACACACAGACAGACCAGUCAGAAAUUUCUAUUGCACAGAGUGAGGAACCAGCUGGUCAGAACAAGGAUGACCUUGAAAGCAAAUGCCUCAAGGCAGAGCAAGACAAGCUGCAAUAAACAAUGUAAUAGGAA